ACCCUCCGCCUACAACAUAGCAGCACGGUCAUUUGUAUAAAUUCCCAAACGUCAUGGACAUUGUUGGCUUCCAUCGGAGAGAACGCAGCGCUCCGUGGCCGUCGAUGCGACCGAGACGGCGAUUUUUAUGAUUUCUAUCCGAGCGCCUCUUCCCGCGGCAGAAAGUCAACCGAGCAUGUGUCCGCGAACACGUGCCACCCAGUCCGCCCUGCGCAAUCGGCGCUCUCGUUUAUGAUCUACGCGUCCGACUCUCUCCGCCUCGCUCGUGCUUCUUGCUCGUUCAUCGCAUCCCGAGCGAAGAGAGAGAGCGAGCGAGCGAGAGAGAGGUGGGGGGUUGGGGGCGUGAGUGGUGGGAGAAGCGGAGCAGUAGGAACGCGAAGGAAUCGGCGGCUUGGCUAAGCUCGGCCGCGUGUCGUCCGCGUGGUUUGUGACCGCCGCAGCAUGAGUCUGGUGGGUGGCUACCCUCACCACCACCCGGUCAUGUACGACCUCUACCCUUGCGUGGCGGCCGCCGGUCGCCGCCACCACCACCACCAUCAUCAUCACGACGAGAGCCUCUACCUCCGCGGCUGGGUGCUCGGGGGCGCGGCGGAUAUGGCAGCGGACUACGCCAGCGUGCCGUGCCACUACAACGGGCUCACCGCCGCCAGCUACCCCGGCGGAGUACUCCGGGGUCCGGGGUCGAUGCAGGUCUCCGAGGCGGCCGCCGUGCACGGAGGCGGCGGCGGUGGCGGCGGGGGCGGUGGAGGAGUCGGAGUUGCCGCGGGAGUCGGAGGAGGGGUCGGGGGCGGAGGAGCCAUCAACGGCGGUGCGGUCGCCACCACGGCCACCGCCGCUGCCGCCGCUGCUGCCGCGGCCGCCGCGUAUUGCGGGGCCCUGCGGGGGCUCGGGGAGAGGGCGUGCGGCCGGAGGCUACGGCCCCACUCGGCCGGGGUGGGACCACCGGGGCAGCCGCAGCCUCCGCGCAAGGAGCGGCGCCGCACCCAGAGCAUCAACAGCGCGUUUGCGGAGCUGCGCGGACACAUUCCCAACGUGCCCGUGGACACGAAGCUGUCCAAGAUCAAGACGCUGCGCCUCGCCACCAGCUACAUCUCCUACCUGAUGGACGUCCUGGAUAAGGGCGACAGUGGUGGAGAGACGACGUCCGGAUUCAGGGCCGAUCUGGCGGACAGCGAUGGCCGGUCGGAGCGCGCCGUCGACGGAACGAAGAGGCCAUCUGUCCAAGUAGUCCCGAUAACGCAUGAACAACUGAAGCGACCCAGUGGCAAGAAGAGCUCGACGGAGAAGAAGCGUGGACGGACUGGCUGGCCGCAGCACGUGUGGGCUCAGGAGUUGAAACGAUGAUGGCGAUGACGACGAUGACCGCGUGGGACAAGCUCGUCUCUUGGAUGAACGCUGAGAAAACGCUCCGUUCAACAACAACAACAACCCAAAAAAACCCUAAGAAACCCCAAAAACAAAACUGAAAGCUUUGCACUGAACAUCGCUUGAGUCGUCGUCGUCAUCGUCGGCACGGGCACGGGGAAUCACCGCCGGUACGUCUUUGUCGGUCCUCUCGUAACUGCACGGCAUUCUUGCUCGUGGUAUUAUCAUCAUAAUCAUAAUAUUCGAGCGGUGAUUCGAUAGACCUGUGGUGCUGCGUCGUAGUAAUGUUACGUUAUGUGCCCGAACGUGGUAUAGACGAGUGUUAUUUGGCCUCCUGUUUAAUGUUGUAUAUAAUGACGUGAUGGUGAUGAUGAUGGUGAUUAUUUAGAAUGAUCGUCAACAUUGGAAGAGUGUUUUGUUGUUCUUCUGGUUGUUGUUUUCAGUGGAUUUAUAAAAAGACAGAGUUGAGACAAUGCAAUCGACUGCCCCUUACAAAUUGGACUUUUUCCGAAGGAUAAAAAAAGAGAUUUAGUUAUUCUAUUCUAUAAACGUGUUUCUAUUUUGCAUAACGUUUGUAUCGAUGCUACAGCUACAAACGAUUCAUAUACUGAACAGAGUAUUAUGUUUUAUGUUGACCAUGAUGAUGAUGAGAGUUGAUGUUACACGGAUGUCGCUAUAUGGAAAUUCACAUGUCAGAAGUGUUUUAAUUUGCAUCAAUGCAGUACACGAACCAAUGCAGUUUAUCGCUUAUUACAUUGUAGUGCGAUUCAAUUGCAGACUUUUUUACCAUACAUUCACAUGAUGAUGAUGGUGAUUAUGCAAUUUGCUGGAGAAAACGAAAUUAACGUAAGAACGCAAGGCAAACUAACAAACAUCUCAUUUGUAGAUAACUCCAAAUGCAGCGCGUGACUGUUAUUUUAAUACAGUAAAACUCAUUAUGUGGCGAUUGUGCGUUAGCAGUGGGUUUCGAGCACACGUAACAACAUACACAACCCAACGCAUUCGUCAAUAAUACUGUGGCCUUAAAAAAAUCUAUAUUUAAUAUAAGCGGCGACGCUUCGGGCAAUGAUCCUUAUUCACAACACAUAGCGAGGUUUAUUCCCACCUCUCCGGCCUCUGACUAGGCCACAGUUGUUAUUAUUUUGUUAUUGUAACACGGCGUCUCCAAAAUGACAUCGCGAGGGUGGCUAUCGCGGCGCGCGACUCGAUGAACUUUAGGACACGAAGUGGUAGCAUCUUCUUGGUUCUUUCGGUAAAGUCACGUAGAAUGGAAAUCAUAAAAUAAUAAAAAUAAAACAUAAUAAAAUAAAUCUCACGACGUUUCGGCCACAACGCAGGCAGCCGUCCUCAGGUGGAGAACAGGUCUGUCGAGAAGACAGUCUGAAUGACACACCCCAGGCUUGGAGCGUCUAUUUAAGCUGGGAUGGAGGGGGGAAUAGCGCCUUGACAAAAUAAUUUGCAUAUCAAGAGGAAAUGAGUACUGUACUCUACUUGGUGCGAUGUCUAAACAUUGUCGAUGGGGAGACUAAGGCGGCCGGGCGUGGUGCUGGUCAUGCAUCUUCUCGUGCGCCUUGGCGACCUUCAUAGGUGCUACUCGCUAACAGCACUUGCCCCAACACUGUUAUAGGCUAUACGGGGGAUCUCUGUCUUUGUUUGUGUAGAUGUGUUCCACGUGACGCAGAAAGCGUUAAUUGCUUCAGCAGGUCGCGCGGGGCGUGUUUAGCAAUCAUCGGGCGCGUACAGCAUGGGACGACGGAUUUUAAUUUGAAAAGGGAGUCAAUUGGUGCGCACGAAGAGACGUAGGGGCGUGGUGGUGGGCUGUAGUUUGAGAAACCCUUCUCUGAGGCUACACAUUUAUCCAUCAUUAAAGGGCUAAACGAGCUGAAAUCGUGUGCACAGAUCGUCGAGGUCACGCUGCUAACUAGCAACAUCUGGAAGUAGAUUUGUGUUUAUUGUUAACCGUUAAUUUAAGUUAGGAUCGCGUUCAAAGUCGCACGUUGUUUUCAGUCUCGCGAUAAGCAACAUACACACCCAGCAGCGGACCAAGGACGUGGAGGGUGACGCUAGAACCGACGGAAAAGCCUUUGACGGGUUUUGCGUUUUUCCCCAUUUACUGUCACGCGACUAACUAAUUUGACGUUUCCUGCAUCCAAUUAGGGGACACUUAGCCGAGGCUGUAAUUAAUGGCAACUGUAAAUCAGUCGCUGCGGCUCGCACCGACGGCAUCCUCGAGACGAUGUUUCGUGUUCAUCUUCUUGGUUCUUUCGGUAAAGUCACGUAGGAUGGA